AUGGUUACGCCACCUGCGUCAACAUCCGGCAGAGGCCGCUCACCACGCGUGCAUAAGCGCACGAUCAUCGAGCUACACUUAGAAGUGCUCCACGAAUGUGAAGCAGCCGAAUGGCAAAACGUCAAAGACGACUAUUUGCAGAUACUUGUGCAGGAGUUUAUGGGGGGCCACAAGGGACAUAGUAGUUCCUUGGAUGCUCGUAGCACAAACCAGGCUUUAUCACGGAACAAUGUUCCAUCCACUGAGUCCGACGGCAUAGAUCGAUGUCCACCUAACGAAGAUAACCCCGAUGCAUGCAGUUGUAUGGAAACUACACAGUUAGAAACGGACCGUGCUCCACCUAAGGAAGAUAACCCCGAUCCAUGGAAUUGUAUGGAAAACAUAAAGUUAGAUGCAGAACACAACGAAGACAACGGAGUAUCCGGGCAGCGUACACUCGGUGCGCGUGGCAAUAUCCCAUCCGUAGAGAUGAAGAAAGAUGCCUGGACAAAGUGGGUCGCACAGCCACAUGCGCUUAUGCAUAUAUAUGGUGAGGAGCAGUGGUUUCAACAUUUGUUGAAUAAUGUACAGGAGGCGACAGCAACGCACAAAGGCGAAGUACCUAUAGCGGACAAAGGCAUAGCAGUGGAACAAGUCAUGGCAACAGAAGAUAGCGUCCGAGAUUUACCACGGUCGCAACCACUGCAUCCGCAACCUUACAUGAAAAAACCGUUAACUGCCAAAUUGUGGAUGCUACUCCUCGCGUCGGUGAUCCACGGCUGCGAAAUCGAGAAUAUUAUGCAGGAUAGGGAGUUAUAUUUGGAUGAACUAUUGGACACGCUCUGA